AAUCUUCUUAAUACUCUUCCUGUUCUACAGUCUUACCGUAGUACUACAUUUUUUUUUUAUCUUAUUUAUGGUUUCCUUGCGUUUUGUUUAAAUUUUUGUGUUUUCAAUUUUUCUGAUUCUGCUCAAUUUUUUUUAUUCUUUACUAUUCAAUUGAUCUAAAUGUAUUGGCUGACGAGAUCAUUGAAUUGUUUGUGAGCUAAUUGCAGCCCACCAUCCCAUUAUUGAGUCUUCAGAAGCAGGUGCAUGAGCAGUUGGUAUGCUGGAACCUACAGAAAUUUUGAGGGGUUUAGUAUUAUUUAGAGCUAGAUUCUUCAAGUUGUGCAGAAUUUGAGGGGUUCAAAUUAUUUAGAGCAAGAUUCUUCAAGUUUUGCUGAAUUCCCCUCUCAGUUUAUCACCUCCGACUGCGCAGCGGCGCCUUUGCGUUAAUUGAUAGCUCUAAUGGCGUUUCGAGGUGUGGGUUUUCAAUUGACAGCAACUAUAAACUCGGAUAAGCAGAGGUGUUUUUGUGCUAUAUAACUUAGUGCUCGUUCUACUCAGAUUUUCGCAGGUAAGAAGCCGCUGGUUAUACAAUGAAAAAUAAAAAAUAUCACCCCUCUGAGUGAAUGGGCAGCGUAUAAUUUUCUUCACCCUAAUUUGUAUAAAGAUGCUGAAUUUACUUCUGAGAUGAAGCGAAAUUGGGUUUAUAAUUUGAGUAUUCCUCAAUUUCCUUACUUACUCUCCAAGAUCCGCUCUCUUCAUACUUUAAUUUGUAAGGAUAUAGAGCUUUCUUAUAGGAUACCUAAUGCCUGUGAUGAUUGGAUUAAGAGACAGAAUGACAGGAAAUUGCCAUACCAAGAGAAGCAUGUCCGCCAACAUGCAUCGAUUCUUGGCAACUUGGAGGAUUUUGGGGUUUUGUCUGAGAAAUACUGUCAAUCUGAUCUCUCUGCUGUUGUUGAGUUUGGAGCUGGCGGGGGUUACUUAACCCAAAUAUUAGCUGAUUUUUAUGGGAUCAAUAAGGUCUUUUUGGUUGAGCGUAAGGCAUACAAGCUAAAGUAUCUUAAACUUUAGGCUGAUCGAAGUCUACCACAGAUAGACAACUUAACAUUGGAGCGUUUGAGAAUUGACCGUAAGGUUUUCCUAAAACCUUAUGUCUGGUUUUUUGAGGCCUUUAUCCUCGUGUGAGCUAUGUUAUGUUUUUGUAUAGUAACUUAUUGUUGCGUUACCUAGAAAUAUCCUCUUCUGAGCUUUUUUAUGCUUUAGUACAUAAAAUAAUCUAUAUGCAUACAACAUGAUCAUAAAACAUAAUUGACUUCAAAACCAUACUGUUGUUUUGUGAUACAAUUAACUAAACUUAUUGUUGCAUUACCUAUAAUUGUUGCGGAAGUGGCGUUAACCUAAUUUUCAUAGUGGAAAUUUCUUUGAGAAAAACUUAUUAACUUGUGUCAUUAUUAAUACUGCUCUUUUUUUUUCUUUUUUUAUUUUUUAUUUUUUAUUUUUUUUUUCUUUGGGGUUCAGCAUCCUGAUGAUUUACUUAAUCCCCACCCUUGCACCUAGAGGGGCAGAAUAACACGUAGUAUAUGUUGUCCUUAGCGUGAUCUGCUAUAUUUAGUAUCUUUGAAUGUUAAACCUACCAUACACAAUGAAUUCAAUUUACUUUCUCUACUAUUAAUCAGAUAUCAAAUGAAAUUUGUAUGAGGCUUGACUCUCCUUCAGUUAAGUCGCUUGGGUAGGCUAAUUGAUGCUUUCAUACUGUGUUUUGUCCAGUUUAUUUAUAACCAGAAUUCCAGCUUACUUGCAGGAAGAAAUUGGAAAUAAAGAUUUUAAUUGCAUGUGUUCUUGACAAGAUAUGCACAAGGUUACUACAAGAUUGUACGAAGUAUAGUGACUAGCCAUCUAACAAAUGGUGCAUAUAUGUUGGCGACUCUUAUUCAAGUUCCGUCUUUGUGAAGAUUUGGAUAUUUCGGCUUAUAUAUAUGUUGACAAUUUGUAUUUUGGACGAUCAAAUUAAUUAUCUAACUUUUAUUUAUUAUUAGUACGGUAUGUCAUAUCAAAAAUAGGCAAGUAAUAUUUUGUAAUGUAUGUAUUUUGCAUUAUAAUUAUUAUAUAUAAAUGAUACUUUAAUUUGUUUAUGUUAGUAUAUUUAGAUUUGUACUGACUAAUUAAUAUUAUAUUACCAUUCCAUCCCAACAAAAAAAAAAAAAAA